CUUGCUUGAGGAAAAGACUCUUGGACGAGUUUGGCACGGUGUACAUCACGCGCAUCUCCUGAACGCUGAUUUUCUUUACAUAAUUUAUUUCACACAAUUUGGAAACGUUUUUUGCCAUGGCAGCGGCACAGAACGGAUCUAACCUAACUGGGAACUUGACCAACCAGUUCGUGCAGCCGCCGUGGCGCGUCGCGCUCUGGUCCGUCGCGUACAGCUCCAUCCUCGCUGUCGCGGUGUUUGGGAAUCUCAUUGUGAUGUGGAUCAUUCUGGCGCACAAGCGAAUGCGAACCGUCACCAAUUACUUUCUGCUCAACCUGGCGUUUUCGGACGCGUCGAUGGCCGCUUUCAACACUUUGAUCAAUUUCGUUUAUGCCACGCACGGAGAUUGGUACUUUGGAGAAUCCUACUGCAAAUUUCACAACUUUUUCCCCGUCACGUCUGUCUUCGCCAGCAUUUACUCUAUGAGCGCGAUAGCGGUUGACAGGUAUAUGGCCAUUAUCCAUCCUCUGAAAUCACGUCUCUCUGCCACCGCCACUAAGGUGGUCAUUGUGUGCAUCUGGGUGCUGGCUGUGGUUUUGGCCUUUCCUCUCUGUUUCUUUUCAACCAUCAAGAAAUUACCCAAGCGGACCCUUUGCUAUGUUGCCUGGCCCAGACCUGCAGAGGAUCCUUUCAUGUAUCACGUCAUAGUGGCAGUGCUGGUGUAUAUUCUGCCCCUGGUGGUGAUGGGUAUCACCUACACUAUUGUUGGCUUGACACUGUGGGGAGGAGAGAUUCCUGGUGACUCAUCUGAUAACUACCAGGGCCAACUGAGAGCCAAAAGAAAGAUUCUAGUCGUCUUACAGCUCACUUUCCACCUUUGCUUCACCCCAAACAACCCGUUCAACGGACUCAACCGGACCAAACACGACCUGAAGAACAACAGCGCCUCCCUUUCGUCUUCGUUGACCCCGUCCUCUUUCCGCUCGCCCGUCCGCGAUAGCCGGAUCACCGGGGCCCUCCGACUCUUCGGUAGCCUGUGUUCUCAAUCCGGCCUUGGCGGAAGUAAAUUUGUCCCGAGUCAGCCGAGCUUUCCGUAUGUCUUCUCAUGCACUCUUUAUGUGCAUCUCCAUCGCCAAAUUGUCCAAUCGGCGUUCGUCCCACUACCAAAGCACCUGUUCCCCAUAACACCCUGA